AUGGCCGCGGCAGGUGCAGGCGUCCAGAGCGCCUGCCACUGUUCUCCGUCCAAGGUGCCAGUUGUGCAUUUCGUAGGGCUAGACCCCGGAAUUGCCGCACAGCUCAUAGAUCCUGAGGAUGCCACACCUUCUUUUGAAGAUUUAGUGGCAAAAUACCUCGAAAGCGCCAUAUCUGUCACCGUGAGCAGCACGUACGGGAAUUCCUCAAGAAAUGUGGUGUGUGCAUCUGGGAUGGGAGCGGCUGCAGGGAACAAAGGACCAGCUGCAGAGGACGUUGCACCCGGGCUGGAGCGGCUACCCAGGGGGCUGUGGGCUCAGCCAGGCCGGGCUGUGUCCCGCAUGGCUGGGUGUGGUUGUUCUGAGGAGCUGAGUGGUGUCCUUGUGGCUGCCCUGCCAGACCUGCUGAGUCCCAGGGACCCUCUUCCCAGAACAGGGCCGCGGGGGCUCCCGUCCACCUCAGAGGCCUUAAAUGCCCUGCAAGAUCUUCAUCCGUUACCCAAGAUAAUUUUGGAAUAUAGGCGGGUUCACAAGACCAAGUCAGCCUUCGUGGAUGGAUUACCAGCUCGCAUGAAAAAGGGCUCCAUUUCCUGUACGUGGAAUCAGACAGGAACUGUGACUGGAAGACUUUCAGCGAGGCGCUCGAAUGUUCAAGGUAUCUCCAAGCACCCAAUUCGGAUUACUAAACCGCAGCUCACCGUCUCCCCAAGGAGCACGUUGGUCUCACCCGAGGGCCACACCUUCCUGGCGGCAGACUUUUCACAGAUUGAAUUGCACAUUCUUGCACACUUAUCUGGGGAUCCGGAACUUUGGAAGCUAUUCCGGGAAUCUGAAAAAGAUGAUGUAUCUUCUACCCUGACUUCACUGUGGUAAGAUAUAUGAGCUCACAAUAUGCUACACGCUGACAGAAAGAAAAAAAAGAAAAUCACUGGGGCCGUUUCUGUCCGUGCAGGGAAGGAGCGGCUUGCUGCUUGCCUUGGAAUUGCUGUGCCGGAAGCCGCCCAGUUUUUGGAGAGUUUUUUGCAGAAGUACAAGAAAAUCAAGGACUUUGCCCAAACAACUGUUGCCCAGGGUCACCGGACAGGCGACGUGGCAUCCAUCGUGGGCCGAAGGAGACCGCUGCCGAGGGUCCACACACAAGACCAGCGGCUCCGGGCACGAGCAGAGAGACAGGCGGUCAACUUCGUGGCACCAGGCUCGGCCGCAGACCUCCGUAAGAUAGCCGUGACCCACAGUACUGCAGUGGCCACUUCCCCUACUCGGGCGGCCAGGUUGGUCGCCCAGAUCCAUGACGAGCUGUUAUUUGAGGUGGAAGAUCCACAGGUCCCAGCGUGUGCGGCUCUUGCCAGGGGCACCGGGGAGUCCCUGCAGCACAUGCAGGCCUCGGAGCUGCACCUGCAGAUGCCCCCUAAGGUGAGCCUGAGCGCCGGCCACUCGUGGGGACACCUGGCGCCACUGCGGGAGGCCCCGGGCCCUCGGCCCAGCCCACGUCCCGCGGAGUCUCCAAGCAACCACCCAGCCACCGCCACCCCCUGUGCCAGCACCUUCCCCCGGUGUGUGCAUUUUUCCCCUUCAUUUUGUCUGUGGCCCCAGGCAACAGUGGGAGGAGAGAACUGGUUUCCACCAGCCCGUCGUGUGGCCGUCCCCAAGGUCAGCACGGGGCACUUUGUACUGGCGUCACGGCCAGAGCAGGCUGUGGGGGGGGGGGGCACGCUCACCCCCCGGGUUGUCCCCUGGAGUAAAGGUCUUUUCAAAGCCGGCCAAAUUCCUCCCAGGGAUGGAAAUGCCUGUCCGCAGCCCUCAGCCAGACCCAGGGCGAAGCGCCCGACACGUGGCCCUGCCUGGCUCACCGCAGGCCCUCCCAGCCCUGCUCCCCUGGAGCCUGGGGGUGGGCUCCUCCGGGGCCACAGCUGCGCCCCACCCAGUGGGUGCCCUCCCUGCCGGCUCUCUGAGCCUCCCGGGGCCGCCAAGAUGGCAGCUGCACCGCACAGAGAACACAGCACCACGGGCACUGGGCUGGUGUUCAUGACAGGCUCCUCUGGAGGCCAGAGGGGCCUGUGUGCAGGCUCCGGUGUCUCCAAGAGCCCAGCCGGGCCGGCAGGGCCUCUGGAGUCACGCUCCCGGGCCCCGCUGCCUCCCCACAGGCCACCUGCCGGCCAGCUCCCCUGA